GCGCUAAGGAUAAGUUUGUGUAUACUAAAGACCAAAAAGGCAAAAUGUGCAAAUAUUUUCGCAUAUCCAUGAGAUUUAAUCGGUGCAAUCCGUGAUUUAUUUAAUUUUCUGUUCAUUUUUUUAACAUUUCAACUUUUAAUUUGGAAUUAUAUUCAGUAUUUUGAUGUUAAUUCAACAAAAGAUCUACAAUGACAUACAGUGCUAUUCUCAUCGAGUGCAUGUUUUUUUUAAUGGAACAAUUUAAGAGCGACUGUUUUCUGAGAGAAGAUAUGUGCAAAAACUUUAUAAAAGACAAUUUAAAGAAGAGAAAAAUAAAUUCCUUUGAUUUGUAUGUGAAAAGCAAAUAAAAGGAAGAACUCUAAGAAUAUAUCGGGCUAUAGUGCAUAAUGCUAAGGCCUUUCAAAUCAUUUUUAAAUAAUUUACAAAAAAAUGCUGAAACUUUUUUCGGAUCGAAAAAUAAUUUACCAGAUAUGAAUUCAAACGAAGACGAAGAGGAGAUUGCUACUGAUAGCAUGUACAGUAUUGAUGAAUUAGAUCCAUUGGCAGAUCCAUUAGCAUUGGACGAUGAACUUGGUGAAGUGGGCACCAGUUAUGCGACGCGAAAUGCGAAUCUUAGCGAUUUAGAUAGCUCAGAUGAUGGACAGAUAAUACUCGUAGAUGUAAAUAGUUUGAAAAAUUCGUUCACAAUUCCCGUUACGUAUGCCGAUAAUACAAUCGAAAUAGCCACAUCAACAUCAAAUGUGUCGGCAACAACACGAAGGGAACCAACAGUGAAUGAGUUAAAUUGUGAGACGAAUGCCACCCAUGACGUUGGCAUUGGUGAUGUGUCAUUUGAUCAAAUUGGCUUAACGUUAGACGAUGAAAUUACCGAAGAAGUUGAAGGCUCUCGAAGUGAUGGCUCUGAUUCGGGCUUGGGGUUGGAAUUAUGCGCUGGGCUACUGGCCGACAAGACAUCUGCUUCGCCAAAUGGUGCAGUGUGUCCAUCACGAAGUAACUUAAAACGGCGAUCACACCCCAGUGACCACAUCGAUGUUGUUGAUGCACCAAAAAAACUGAAACGAAAUAUUCAAUUUACCGAUGUAACCGUAUUUUACUUCCCACGAAUCCAAGGUUUUACAUGUGUACCGUCACAAGGUGGUUGUACACUUGGAAUGACCUCAAAGCAUAUCGAUGAGAAAUCAUUUACAUUAAACGAACACAUAGCCGAACAGAAGCGUAUACAUCGUCAACAAAUGCUUGAGCGCAGCCCACGGCCGCCGUCAUCGCUAAGCACAAGUUCAUUAAAUGCAUUGCUACCGAAUUCAGUGCUGAUGACGCCAAGUCAAUUACAAAAUCAAUUAACUGUACCAACGGCAACAGCAACGACCACAUUAACAACAACCACCACAACAACGUCGACUGAUGAUCGAUCACGUUCAUCGACCGAAGAGUCUGAUAGCGAAGAAGACAUUUUAAGUGAUAAUAGCAGCUCCGAAUUAGACACCGAAACAAUUGGAUUUUUACAACCAGUUUCACAAAAGCAACGGAGAGCCUUACUCAAAGCGGCUGGUGUUCAUGAAAUAGCCUCUAGCGAAAAGAAUGAAUGCCGUGAUAUCAGAGCGUCUAGAGAAAUUUGCGGUUGUAGUUGUAGAGAUUAUUGUGAUCCAGAAACGUGUUUGUGCAGUCAAUCGGGAAUUAAGUGUCAGGUGGAUCGAGCGAGUUUUCCAUGUGGAUGUUCGACGGAUGGUUGCGGAAAUGUAUACGGUCGUCUUGAAUUCAAUCCAAAACGUGUCCGAACGCAUUUCAUACAUACAAUCAUGCGACUGGAAUUAGAGAAGAAACAAAAGAAAUCGGACAAACAGAAUACAUUGCACACAUAUGACGGACGGUUACGGCUUCGUGAAAGUGAUGACGGAGACUCGGUGAUUGAUUCCGGCGGAAUGAAUACCCGUUUGAUCACAUAUAAUCCUGCAAAUAAUAUUUUAUAUCCAACAACAACGAUGCAAUCGUCUUCGGGUGUUACAAUUAACAGCCAUUAUACACCGAAUGAACUGGAUGAUACUAGUCGAAAUUGUGCGGUUACAUCAAUGGCCGAAACACCAUUGGAUUUACAUUAUGCAUUUCGAAAUGAUUAUACAGUGGAUCCAACACAAGCCAGCUACUCGUUAAUGUAUCCGAAUUCGGGCUAUUAUACAAGCAGUGCAGCCACAACAUUUACAGACUUCAAUGCGAUGGCCAUCUCAAAUCAAUCAUCAUUAAUUCCUAGUUAUACAAAUUAUUCAACAAAUAUUCCAUACAAUGGCUUAAUUAAUGGCCCAACAACGCCAACAACACCAAUUCCAAACGGUCCAAAUGGUAUUUCGUCAUGCUCAAAUUACGGUGCGUCCACAACGGAUUGUGUUCAUAAUAAUGGUUCUUUGUUUGAUAAUCAUGUGACUGAAGACUUUUUGAGCAUAAACCAAACGAAUGCCACCAAUGUCAUUUCCAAAGAUUGUAAAAAUGUUGUCGAUCAGUUUGACGGCAAGUACAAUGAGUACGUGAACGACAUUACGUCGGUGUCAGCGGUUGAUUUAAAUUGUUUAUUGAACGAUGAUAAUCUAGCGGCGCAUCAAAUUGAUUCAGUGCCAUCGACAAGUGUUGAUGUUGUCGGUACGGGUGCCACUACUACAUCGUCCAAUGAUUCACAUGCCUAUAUGAGAUUCGAAUCGGACUAUGCAAACAAACUAAAUGCCACACAUAAUUAUAGUCUAACAGAUGAUUCAAAUGUCACCGCAGAUGAGAAAUCAAACGAACUAUUCCAAAAAGAUUCAGUGCUGACCACUUAAAUGCAAGUAAAACAUAAUCAAUUGAAACAAUGUCCACGUGCAUUUGUUCCCCAAUCACAUGUGAAUAAUUAUUUUAAAAUUUUGAACAUAUUAACAGUCGAAAGCAAAAUUUCGAUUUACAAGAAAACAGUAACACACACACACACACACACACGCGCGCGAUAUAUUAUAUAUAUACAUUCUUAAGGAAUAAAAUUCGAUAAAUUUUA